CAUCGACAAAACGCUUUACCAUCAACGUGUACCGAGGGCAACUCUGGACCGGUUCGUGGCGCAUCUUUGUCUUCUUUGCCAGCCAAGGUGCCCUGGAUGAAACAUCAUCCUAAGGUGACGUCCCGGGUCCAACAGGGAGUCCGAUUUUCGGCAUGAGUCACCACGAUCCUGAAGCGAACUUCAGCUCCAGGUCGAUGUUUCCUAGCGUCCGCUGUGGCGCGAGGAGUCUCCGUUCACUGGUCCGGAUUUUGAUCAUGAGCUCUCCGUAUUUCACACAGAGUAGGUCUGUUAUCACCCGAAGUAGCAGUCAAAGCGCAGGGGUCACACCUGCGGCCUCUGUUAGGUCCAAACUAUUCAGCAGACAGCCGAAAACGGCUCCUCCUGUGGCGGUGACGCUGGAGGUGGAGGAGGCGAGUGUAUCCGAGCUGGAACCCGUCUCGGUCGCUUCUUCGGCGGGUUGUGACAAACUCAAAACAAAGCCUUCCUCUGAACGUAGGAGGAAACAAGUUAAGGUGGAAUACGAGAACCACGGUCAUUUACCUUUUAAGAUGGAGUUCUGGGAACCUCUGAACUGGAAGAAGCAGUUUGAAUUAAUCCGUGAGAUGAGAAGCGGUCGUGAUGCACCUGUAGAUGAGAUGGGAGCAGAAAAGUGCUACGACACAGAGGCGCUUCCACGUGUGAGACGUUUUCAGGUGUUGGUGUCCCUCAUGUUGUCCAGUCAGACUAAAGACCAGGUGACAGGAGCUGCUAUGCAGAAGCUUCGUGCUCACGGCUGCACUGUGGAGAAUCUACUGGCCACUUCUGAUGAGAAGCUGGGAGAACUCAUCUAUCCUGUUGGUUUCUGGAGGAACAAGGUGAAAUAUCUGAAGCAGACCUCAGCUGUGCUGCAGAGGGACUUUGGAGGAGAUAUCCCAAAUAGUGUGGAGGGACUGGUCCGGCUGCCAGGAGUUGGACCUAAAAUGGCUCACCUUGCAAUGGACAUCGCCUGGAACCAAGUGUCUGGAAUCGGUGUGGACACCCACGUCCAUCGUAUCUCUAACCGGCUGGGCUGGUUCAGAAGACCAACCAAGAAUCCAGAAGAAACACGCAAGGCCCUGGAGGAGUGGUUACCUCGGGAGCUGUGGAGCGAGAUCAACUGGCUUCUGGUGGGAUUCGGGCAACAGGUUUGUCUUCCUGUCAGCCCCCUGUGCUCCAGUUGUCUGAACCAGAACAUCUGUCCUUCAGCUCAUCAGAGUUCUCCGGUCAAAAGGCCCAAAGCUGGAUCACCGCGCUCUCCCAAGAGUCUCCCUUUUAAAACUAAAACUGAACCUGGACAAGAACUGGCUUUGAAUGAUGAGACCAUAAAGCAGGAGCCACGGCCAGAAACGGUUUCCUACAUGAGACCAAGGAGGAAAAACAAAUGCCCACUGUAGAAAAACAUACGUUAACCGUAUAUUAUCCUAGUGAACAUCAACCAGCUUUAUGCUGUUUGUUUUUUAUUUGUAACACUUCAAAAGCAUCUUUAUAUUUUAUAGAUUAUAUUUUUGUACUGUUCUUCAAUUUUUUUUCAACCAAAUAAAAAAGAUAAUGUAGUAAAAUGUUAUUUUUUUCUUAGUUUUACUAAAUAUUCACAUACAUGAUCACGUUUAAAAGAACAUUUAUCUUACUGUUUUUAUACUAUUACUACUGCAGAGAAUAACAGUGCAUUGUCUUAUUUUUUUUUAACUUCAUAAUUAAUUAGUCGAGUUGUUUUUUUUAUCAUUUUUGACUGAUUUGUUUUUAUUUUAGGGGUAUGCUUUCUUUUUACAAAAUAAUUUGUAUUUUACUUUAGGUGGGAUGGGGUCGUUAAUGCGAUUCACACGUCAUCUGGAGGAGGAAACAUCUGUGAGACUUUGCCUUAAGCCAGGGAUUCCCUAAGUGUAGUGCGCGCACCCCGGGGGCGCGAGAGCUGCCGCUAGGGGGUGCGCGAGAUGAAAAGUGUAAUGGCUGCGGAGUCACCAUCAGCAUAGCCAGAAACUCAUUUAAGGGUGGGCCUAAGAAAAAGUAAGUGGGCCUAAAAAAUGUAAUUGAAAACAAGUAUAUUUUGCGCGUGUGUGUGUCCUCCUCCGCAUGUGCCCUAGCUUCAUAAUAAUAAUGCGCCGAGCUUCAGCGCUCUGGCCUGUGCACACUGUCAGUAGCAAGAUAUGUUCCGUAUUUGAUCAUUUUUAACGGUGUUGGAGAAAUCUGAAGGUGGUGGGUCAUUCUGGCAGAUUGUAAUUAACACCUGUCUCAUGCAGGUGUUCUGACGUUGUAAACCUCACACACAGAACAUUAUGGAUAUAACUAAAUAAAUCAAGAAAUGAU